AUGGAUUCCAGAACGACGACAGAGUCGUCGAGUAAACGACCGCGAUCUCCGUCGGGGGACUUCCCUCCCAUCGCAUCCAAAGUCUCCAAGACCCAUUCAAAUCACCUGCAAAUCAACUAUCUUGCGCGACAAUAUCCCGACAACCUCCCCCUGGUUUCCGGCGACGACACGAUGCCGGCCAUCAUCCACUUGAUCGGUGAGUAUGAUGGUGUCCUACAACGACACGAGAGCAUCGCCGGCAACCUAGGCGCAUGUCCCUUGGGUCCCAUCCUGAUCAAGCGUUUCGAGCGCUUGUUUGACGGACCUCCGCGGGUCCUCAAAUCGCACGGCAAAGACUCGCCCAACGUCACCUGGUUGGACGUGGUGGAAUUUGCCAAGAGCAAGCCGGAACAGUUCAACCUAGAAAAGUCUCGCAACGGGGUGCGAGUUUGUCAAUUCUAUACCAAGCAAUGUCGCGUGGAGAUCAGCGAGGAGGACUUCGUCCUUAUCGCCUCCGGGAUGCCCCAGAAGAUGAUCCCUCCGCAGCCCAUCAUUGAGGAUGAGGAGAAGGAACUGGGCGCGUUGGAAAUUCUGGAGAAGAACCUCCAGCAUAUCAUCCAGGUUGCCGACCAGGUGUCGGCUCGUGCCAGACAGUUGAAUCACCGACUGAAGAACCGCCGGACCGCCAUCGUCACUCGUCGGGAAAACGAUUCCACCCUGCAUUCGCAGCAACAGCAGCAGCGCUCGAUCAGUCCCGCCUGGCGCGAUGCCAAUGGCAGUCAACUUCCACUCAAUGGCAACAGUCAGCCCAACUCAAACGCACAUUCGCCCUCGACGGGCUUUGUCGCCGUGAACACCGGCCGGCCCGGGGCAAGCGGCGGAGACGCACUGGCGGAGGAGAAUCAUGCCAAUGCGCUAUCGUCGCAAUUUAUGUUUUCUCACUCCAAUACGGACAAUGUCACUAUCAUCAACGGUACGUCUAUCAAGGGGGCAUCCCCGACAACGCGCGCCGAGCUUAUGAAGAAAUUCUUCACCACUCAAGACCGUCAAGCUCGGAGCGACGAAACGCCCGGGUCCGUCAACCGGCAGUCAUCGCGUCCUCCUCGGCCGCGCGCAUCGGACGCCGCCGACUACGGCGCAAUGUUCACCCCGGCAGCGCCCACCACGGUGGCCAUCCCCAGCACCCCAUCCUCGUUACUGCCGCCUCCCAAGUCCCACCACCACGAGAAGGAUGACGGCGGGCCGUUCAAGAUGGAGAUGGUUGCGCGCAUGGAGGAGCUACAGCGGGGUGAGCGUAUCCUGCCCCCGUGUGAUCGAUGUCGUCGGCUCCACAUGGAUUGCCUGAAGAAUUUGACCGCCUGCAUGGGCUGCACAAAGAAGCACGCCAAGUGUUCAUGGAAGGACGUCAAAGAGGAUGAGCUGCGGGAGGUGCGGGCCGAGCGCAGUUCCCGGGAGCGGGCAGAGGAGCCGCAUCUGAAGGAGACUCCAACCGGUGUACCUCCAGCCUCUCUGCCGGGAACUCUGUCGGCGACGACCACUCCGGGGUCGAGCUCCAUGAUCCUGGACCCGGAGCGACAUCGCGUGGACCGUGAGAUGUAUCGCGAGCACCGAGAGCACAGGGAGAACCGUGAGAACCGCGAGACCCGUGAGGUGGUUCGGGAUGGACACCGAGAAUUCAGCGUCCGUCGCGAAUCCGCGCCGACGACGGGGCCUUCUCCGGGGACGCCGCUAGGGAAGGCUCCCUCCCCACGACGGGCCGUGAGUGAGCUCCAGAGCAGUACGUCGCUGGGUCAUGACCGGCGCAUGGGGAUCCAACGACACCACGAGCCUGUAGCCGAGGAUGAUGACCAAGGCGCCAAUCACCGGCUAAUGCAGGCGAUCAUGGACACGGUUGAUCACCACGCGCGGGUGGCCGCCGCGGUGAAGGAUGGGGGGCCAGACGCUCUUGAUCGGGAACGGGAACGCGAACGCGAGCGUGAACGAGAGAGGGAGCAUGAGCAGGAACUGGAGCGUGAGCGAAAGGUGGUGCGAGCAUAA